ACGUCUCAUCCCACAGUUUUUCAAUUCAUCGCGGCGGGUCCAGCCAUCUUCCUUCCAACAGCUGUCUUCAAAUUUCGUGUCGGAAAACAAAUCACGCCCUUAGCUUAAACUUAAGCUCUGUAAUAUGCUUUGGAUCACAGAAAAACGCGCUUUUCGUCCUUGAAAAAAACCUCUGAACCCCUCUCAAAACCUUCCAAAUCCAAAUCCCAGAGUUCUCAAUUCUCCGAUUCGGCAUUGUUUUGGGUUGAACCGAGAGCGAAUCGGGCUCAGAACCGGAAAAUGAUAGACAAGUGUUUGGGAGCUCAAAGAUCUAGAAAGAUCCAGAGAGCUCUCCGUCACUGCAAGGUCACCAUCCUCUGCCUCGUCCUCACUCUUGUCGUCCUACGUGGCACUAUCGGCGCUGGUAAAUUCGGAACUCCAGAGCAAGACUUCAUCGAGAUCCGCGACCACUUCUAUUCACGGAAACGAGCCGAGCCGCAUCGCGUCCUUGAAGAAGUCCAAACGACGUCUUCGAAUAACCACGCCGCCACCGCCACCGACACCGACACCGACGCCGGCACCAAUAAUUACAACGAAUUCGACAUAAAUAAGAUCUUGGUCGACGAGGAAUCCGACGACUCGAAACUCGACCGCAACAGGCCCUAUUCUCUGGGUCCCAAAAUCUCCGAUUGGGACAAACAACGAUCUGAAUGGCUGAAAGAAAACCCUGAUUACCCUAAUUUCAUCGGUCCAAACAAACCAAGGGUUCUCUUAGUCACUGGUUCAUCUCCUAAACCGUGUGAGAACCCGGUCGGUGAUCAUUACUUAUUGAAAUCGAUCAAGAACAAGAUCGAUUACUGUAGAUUACACGGGAUCGAGAUAUUUUAUAACAUGGCGCUUUUAGAUGCGGAAAUGGCAGGGUUUUGGGCCAAAUUACCGUUGAUUCGAAAGCUUUUGCUUUCGCAUCCAGAGGUGGAGUUUCUUUGGUGGAUGGAUAGUGACGCAAUGUUUACCGAUAUGGCAUUUGAGGUUCCUUGGGAAAGGUAUAAAGACUCGAACUUGGUUAUGCACGGUUGGAAUGAGAUGGUUUAUGAUCAAAAGAAUUGGAUUGGGUUAAAUACUGGGAGUUUUUUGUUGAGGAAUGGGCAAUGGGCACUUGAUAUUCUUGAUGCUUGGGCUCCUAUGGGUCCUAAAGGGAAGAUUAGGGAAGAAGCCGGGAAGGUUUUGACUCGGGAACUUAAGGAUCGGCCGGUUUUCGAAGCGGAUGAUCAGUCUGCUAUGGUUUACUUGUUGGCUACUCAAAGGGUGAAGUGGGGUGAUAAGGUUUAUUUAGAGAGUGCUUAUUAUUUGCAUGGUUAUUGGGGAAUUUUGGUUGAUAGGUAUGAGGAAAUGAUUGAGAAUUAUCAUCCAGGUUUAGGUGAUCAUCGUUGGCCAUUGGUGACUCACUUUGUGGGAUGUAAGCCUUGUGGGAAGUUCGGGGAUUACCCAGUUGAGAGGUGCUUGAAGCAGAUGGAUAGAGCAUUCAAUUUUGGGGAUAAUCAGAUUCUUCAGAUUUAUGGGUUUACUCAUAAGUCUUUGGCUAGUAGAAGGGUUAAGAGAGUUCGAAACGAGACUGGUCAUCCGCUUGAGGUGAAAGAUGAACUUGGACUGCUUCAUCCAGCAUUUAAAGCGGUUAAGGUAUCCUCUUCUUGAUGAUAUAGGCUGUCUAUGAGAUCUUAUGCUGCUAAAUGAUAAGUUACAAUGUUCAAAUGUUGUGUAUGCAGUGGGAAUUUUAUGGUUUAGGUCUGGAGAAAUAGUAUUCUUUUGUUCCUUAUAUGUGUUUAAAUUAUAUGUUCUUAAUGCUUUCCAAAGGAAAACAGAGCCCAUUAUUUUGUCUGCAUCUAUUCAGUUUUGUAGUAUAUGAGCAAAUCGGUUCUGUCAAUAUUUUAACCUGGUGAUACAUUAUCGCUUGAUUUGUCAGCCAUAAAGUUGCUGCAUUGUAAUUCAAUCAAUUAGAUAAAUACUAAUACUAUUAUAAUAGUGAUGCAUCA